ACGUCACAGAGGAAUCUUGAGGGGAGCCUGGAAUUCUCGUCUGCUGAUUGGCCCGGGAGAGGGGACCGGAAGUACAACCCGGCCUCCGGCAGUAGUUGAAGUGAAGUGGAGCCGAGCCUUGGCGCUGGCAGAAAAUCAUCAUAGCAGACUCAACAUGGAGUCUGAAGAAGCUGCCUUCCCUGAAAAAUUAGUUGAAAAAUUGACGCUUUCAGAAGAACAAAACAGUUCACAAGCCAACUGCAAUAAUGUGCACUACCCUAAACUUGCCAAAGAUGGAAUGAAUCAGUUUUCUGACUCAGAGGCCAGAGAAGAUGAUGACCUCUUCCAUGACUGUAAUGACUCUUUUGAAUCAGGACUGGUAGAAGAGAAUCACAAUGAAAAGGCAGAUACUUCAGAGGAUCAAGCAGAACCAGAUGAAAAUGAUUUACUACAACUGGAGAAAAAUAUGUCAGAGGAGGAAAAAGAGAAAAGAAGAAAUGAGAGCAUGAAAUUAAAAGAAGAAGGAAAUGAACAAUUUAAAAAAGGAGACUAUAAAGAAGCUGAAGAUUCCUACGCAAGAGCCCUGCAGGUUUGUCCAGCCUAUUGUAAUACGGACAGAUCCAUUUUGUAUUCAAACAGAGCUGCAGCAAGAAUGAAACAGGACAAGAAAGAAACUGCCAUAAGUGACUGCAGUAAAGCCCUAGAAUUGAAUCCAAAUUAUAUCAAGGCACUGCUGAGGAGAGCAGAGCUGUAUGAAAAAACUGAAAAGCUAGAUGAAGCUUUAGAAGACUACAAAAACCUGCUUGAAAAGGAUCCUUCAAUACAUCAAGCAAGAGAAGCUUGUGUGCGACUGCCAAGGCAAAUAGAAGAACGUAAUGAAAAACUUAAGGAAGAGAUGUUGGGUAAACUCAAAGACCUUGGAAACUUGGUUCUCCGCCCUUUUGGCCUCUCAACUGAGAAUUUUCAGGUGAAUCAGGAUUCAUCGACUGGCUCAUACUCUAUUAACUUUGUUCAAAAUCCAAACAACAAUAACAGAUAACAUAAACACAGUCUCUUUCUGGUAAAAACUUGGCUCUGGUAUCUUCACAGAUGAAUGCAAAAAUGGAUGAAUAAACAUCUAACAUCUUUACUGAAAUGGGGGGGGGGGGAUUGAACGUAGUCGUAUGCAUUUUUCUCCUGCGGGGUCCCUGCAGGUGUGGACAACAGAAGGAUGCAAUCUGAACUUUGUAGUAAUAUACUUUAUUUGGGCCUUCUGCAUUCUCGCUGGUAAGGAAGGGGAGUUUGGCAUUAAUCGAAAAAUCCAGUAUAGCCGUGCCCAUAAUUGAAGUACAGUACAACCAUUUUGUGUUUUGUUAAGUUUGCAAUUAUAUUUCUGCAUAUGAGGAAGAGGGGGUUGAUUUUCUGUUCUGAGAAUAUACUUUUAUCUUAAGUGUAAUAAAACAUUGAUGGUACUGCA